AUCACGUGACGGGCGCAUUUGAAGAUAGCUCGACACAGUGUCGAAACCUGAGUAUCGAGCGGCCCAUCACUAGUAACAGCCGACUCCCGGCAAAAACUGGAUGACGCUGCUGCAGGCAAGACGCUUUUCGAUGCUCUCUGUCUCUCGUGUAAGCGAACACGUUUUAAAACGGUGUAUUCCGUCUCAAACUGCAUGGAAACAUCACGUCGCGUGGUUAUUGCUGUAUCUUUAGGUUCUGUCGUCACUUUUGGCCGGCAGAAACGGACUUUAGAAGUGUUUAAUCUGACGGAGAUCCAGCCUCAUUAGCAUACUGUUUGGCUUGCUACAGGAGACUGAGAGAUAGAGCGUCUGUCGCUGCGUGUGUUGACUGUGCCCCUUGCUGCUUGUCUUAUAGAAAAUACCUCCCAUGCUGAAAUGACCUCAAAAGGAGGAAUUGCAAUGUAAAUGACGCUCCCACAAUUUCUGCAGGUCCAAGAGUGCAAAGCGAAACAGCAGGAGCAGAUGUGACAAGUCUUUGCAGCACCGGUUGUCGCUACUGCAGUCUGAGAUUUAUCAGGUUUUGAACCGCACACUGCACAGAUUAGGAGGAGACCCUUUCCCUGUUCUUACAGUCAUGUAGUGAGGUGUCAAAUGGCAUCCAAGCCAGAGCUGUCCCUGUGAGAAAGGAAUCUUAGAAGAGAAGACCCCAGACACUUACGGGAAGAGAAGAGUUUUACACAGAGCAAUGACUUCGGCCAAAGAAGAUGUUGUGGACGAAAAACUGGCACACAUUAAACAAGAAGACUGCGAAUGUGCAGUUCCAGAGGACUUGUGUGUGAAGGUGGAGGAUUGUGAAGAAAGAAUUUCACUUUUCAAAGAGGAAGAGUCCACGGGUGAGAUUAUUGAAGCUAAAGUUGAGAAUGUGGAAGAUAUCUCCGUUAGUCUUAAGCUGCAAAAAAAUGAAAGCGGGAACAUUUCCAAACAAGAGAUUUGUGAAGAUUCUCCUUCCAGUUUACAGCCCUGGGUCACGAAUACGGGACACCGGAGUUCUACGAAACUGAAAUCUGAAUUUGAAGAGGAUAUCAAUGAAGGAAACGGGAGGCAUGGAGAAGAGAAGCAGUCAGCGAGGAGUGUGGGAAGAAAUUUCCAGGAGAACUACAAUUUAUCUACGUCUUCAUUUGCUCAGACUUCUCUUCGGAGCAGACUACAACACAAACAGGGCAAGAAGAAUAAGAGGAAGCCAACAAGAGGAUCAAAGAAUUUGGCAGCAGCGGCCACUUUGCAGUGCAGUUCUCCUCAGGCAGGAGUCAUUGACACCGAUCAGCAACAAAUUCAUAAUACAGACCCAGAGGCGUUACAUGAAGAUGAGUCAACUCAUUCACUUCAAAAACCAUCUGCUUGUUCUGAAUGUGGCAAACAAUUUCUACAUCGAAACAGUCUAUACAGACAUAAAAAAAUUCACACUGGAGAAAACCCGCCAUGCUGCCCAGAGUGUGGCAAACAAUUCCCCAGCAGCAUUGCUCUUCAGCAGCACACACGUGUUCAUACUGGAGAGAAGCUGUACAGCUGUUCCGAAUGUGGUAAAGGAUUCUCAUUUUUAGGUAGGCUUCAUAUCCACUCGAGGAUUCACAGCGGAGAGAAACCGUAUUGCUGUAGUGAAUGUGGCAGACGUUUCGUACGACGAAGCGGCCUACGGAGUCACAUCAGAAUUCACACCGGAGAGAAACCUCACUGUUGUUCAGAAUGUGGCAAACGAUUCUCUGAUGGUAGCGCUCUAAAGAGGCACAUGCGAGUGCACACUGGAGAAAAGCCAUAUGUCUGUUCCGAAUGUGGCAAAGGAUUUGCUGACAGUGGCAAUCUUCAGAAGCACGCUCGGAUACAUGCUACAGCAAAGCCGUAUUGCUGUUCUGAAUGCGGCAAACGAUUCAGUGAUACAAGUGCUCUUCACAGCCACACGAGAUGUCACUCUACAGAAAAGAAAACGUAUUGCUGUUUAGAAUGUGGCAAACAAUGUCCUUCUCCUAGCAGUCUCCAAAGACAUAUGCGAGUUCAUAACGGAGAAAGGCCAUACUGCUGUUCAGAAUGUAGUAAAGGGUUCACUGAUAUUGGUGCUCUUCAGCAGCACAUACGAAUUCAUACUGGAGAGAAGCCAUAUUGCUGUUCUGAGUGUGGCAAACGCUUCUCAGCCAGUAGCUCUCUGCGGCAGCACACACGGACUCAUACUGGAGAGAAGCCGUAUUGCUGUCCUGAAUGUGGUAAAAGAUUUUCUGAAAGAAGAAGCCUUAAUCACCACUCAGACAUUCACGCUAGAGAGAAAAGAAUCAGAUCUAAGCUAGGUGUGAAAAAACAACCACUGAUACUGUGCCGGGGUGCUGAGGUUAACAAUUCUGGUCAGACAAAACUUCCAGGAAUUCUUCUCUCUGUACCAAUUACCAUCACUCUGUGCAAACUGCACGAUGAGGCGUCAUCAGGGACAAUUCAGGUGCAGCAGCAAGGCCUUGCUGUAAACUUACAGAAACAAAGUAUAGGAUAAUGCAACAGAAAUGGGCUGCCUGCAGUGUGACUGGAAGCCCACUUGGAGAAAUUCACACCUCAUUGGUGUUCCAAAUGCGGGGAAGCGAUUCUUACAAAAAGGUGCACUUCUACAGCACGUGAGAAUUCAGACUGUGCUCAGAACAGCUCCAUGAUUUUCCCAAUAGCUCAAAAAUUAUUAAUGGAACCUAAGAAUAUCAGUUCAUUAACUGUUUUUCUGUCUUUCUAAACUAACCUGUGUCAUUCUGUCUACUCAUUAUGUAAUUUACUAAAGUUUGUGUUUUUGUUUUAUCUGUGAACUUGUCACAGCUGUCCUCACUUACACCGAGCAAAGACUUACAAUCAAAAAUGAACUGAAAACCUUCUUGUCACCCCUAAUGAGGUAGCGAUUUUCAGAGAGGUUGCCUUUUGUACCCAUAAAAGACUUCAUGCUGGUAAGAAACCUUAUAGCUGUGCAGAAUGUGGCAAACUUUUGUCAAACAACAUCGAGAUUAACAGCCAUGUGAUGCAGGACGGGUCAAAUUAAAAUAAAUCUAUACUAAUAAAAGGCAAAGCCCUCACUCACUCACUCACUCACUCACUGACUG